CGCGCUGCUUUCCCCCCGUUCCCUCCCUGUCGCAAAGGCUCGUGGGCCGGGUAAAUGGUUGCUUAGCGGUGGAGCCGGCUGGUGGAGAGCAGUGGCGCCCCCUUCCUUCCAUUCAUCGCCCCACACAGGCCUGAGACAUGGAGGCGCUCAUCCCCGUAAUUAACAAGCUGCAGGAUGUGUUCAACACGGUGGGGUCCGACGUCAUCCAGCUGCCGCAGAUCGUGGUGGUGGGGACCCAGAGCAGUGGAAAAAGCUCGGUCCUAGAAAGCUUAGUUGGCCGGGAUCUGCUCCCCCGAGGCACGGGGAUAGUGACGAGAAGACCCCUGAUCCUACAGCUGGUUCACGUAUCCUCCGAUGAUCGGCGCAAAACCUCCGGAGAGGAGAACGACCUGGACGCCUGGAAAAAUCCAAGACAGUUAUCCAAAGGGGUAGAAGCUGAGGAAUGGGGCAAAUUUCUUCACACAAAGAACAAGAUCUACACAGACUUUGAUGAAAUUCGUCAAGAAAUCGAGAAUGAAACGGAAAGGAUAUCUGGCAAUAAUAAAGGUAUUAGUUCAGAACCCAUUCACUUGAGGAUUUUCUCCCCCCAUGUGGUCAACCUGACACUGGUGGAUUUACCGGGGAUAACCAAGGUACCUGUAGGGGACCAGCCCAAGGACAUUGAAGUUCAGAUCAGGGAGCUUAUUCUGCGGUACAUCGGUAACCCCAAUUCUAUUAUCCUGGCUGUCACUGCUGCCAACACGGAUAUGGCGACAUCUGAGGCGCUGAAGAUCGCCCGAGAGUGUGAUCCAGACGGACGGAGAACACUUGCAGUCAUUACCAAGCUGGACCUCAUGGAUGCCGGUACAGAUGCCAUGGAUGUCCUGCUGGGGAGGGUCAUUCCUGUGAAGCUGGGCAUCAUUGGGGUGGUCAACAGGAGUCAGCUAGAUAUUAAUAAUAAGAAGAGUGUGGCAGACUCCAUCCGGGAUGAGUACGGUUUUCUACAGAAGAAAUACCCAUCUCUGGCCAAUAGGAAUGGAACGAAGUACCUUGCUCGGACACUAAACAGGUUGUUGAUGCAUCACAUCAGAGACUGUUUGCCGGAGCUGAAGACCAGGAUCAAUGUUUUGGCGGCUCAGUAUCAGUCUCUGCUGAAUGGUUACGGCGAGCCGGUGGAUGACAAGAGCGCCACGCUGCUCCAGCUUAUUACAAAGUUUGCUACGGAGUAUUGUAACACCAUCGAAGGAACGGCCAAAUACAUCGAAACGUCAGAACUGUGCGGUGGUGCUCGAAUUUGCUACAUUUUCCAUGAAACCUUUGGGAGGACGUUGGAGUCUGUGGAUCCAUUAGGCGGCCUGACUACAAUCGACAUCCUUACCGCUAUCAGAAAUGCAACCGGCCCCCGGCCAGCCUUGUUUGUUCCGGAAGUUUCCUUCGAGCUUCUUGUAAAGCGUCAGGUGAAGCGAUUGGAGGAACCAAGUUUGCGUUGUGUGGAGCUCGUCCAUGAGGAGAUGCAGAGGAUUAUCCAGCACUGCAGUAACUAUAGCACACAGGAGCUUCUAAGGUUUCCUAAAUUGCACGAUGCCAUUGUUGAAGUAGUCACGUGUCUUCUGCGGAAACGGCUGCCCGUGACGAAUGAGAUGGUGCACAACUUGGUGGCCAUAGAGCUGGCGUACAUCAACACCAAACACCCAGACUUCGCCGACGCCUGCGGAGUGAUGAACAACAACAUAGAGGAACAGAGGCGGAAUAGACUAGCCAGAGAUUUGCCCCCUCCUUCAGCGCCCAGAGAUAAGUCUACUAAAGCUCCAGGGCCCCAGGCCCCGGCCACCCUGGAGCCUUCCCCUGCUGCUUCAGCUGAUACUGAUGGCAAGGCUGGGCCAGCAGUUGGCACUAGUGAGAACAUCCCCGAUGCAGGGACUGGUAAUUGGAGGGGGAUGUUAAAAGCCUCAAAAGGAGACGACCCACUAGCGGAAGAGAGGAACAAGUCGGCCCAUGUCCAUCCUGCCAGUCCCCAGAGGGGCCACGCUGUAAAUCUGCUGGAUGUGCCUGUGCCCGUUGCCAGAAAACUUUCUGCUCGUGAACAGCGCGACUGCGAAGUGAUCGAGCGACUAAUCAAAUCUUAUUUCCUAAUAGUGAGGAAGAAUAUUCAGGACAGUGUGCCAAAGGCUGUAAUGCAUUUCCUGGUGAACCACGUGAAGGACACGUUACAGAGCGAGCUGGUGGGUCAGCUGUAUAAAUCCAUGCUGCUGGAGGAUCUGCUCACAGAGUCCGAGGACAUGGCCCAGCGCAGGAAGGAGGCCGCCGAUAUGUUAAAGGCUUUGCAGAGAGCCAGUCAGAUAAUUGCCGAAAUCCGGGAGACGCAUCUCUGGUGACCAGGGGGUCCGGACGUCCCAUCGCGGAUGGAAGAAAAGUCACAUGGCGUGUGCAGGAGCUCGGUCGUCGGCAUACGCUAGAAUUCACUACCCAUAUACAGUAAUGGUAGAGAGGGGGGGGGGGGGGGGUGUUACGGACGUCCACGGGAGAACAUGUUGUAUUUAACAAAAUUCACACAAUAAAUAUUUCGUCAAGUAUCACCGACCCCUCCCCUUUCCCUACCACAACCCAAAUUACAGUCUUACUGUUGUGAUUCCGCGCUGACCAGCUCUCGUGACUAUGGCGCAAAGCAUGCUGGGAAAAAAAAGUGCCCCUUAUCUGUUCCCCUCCAUCGGUUUAGUUUUAGGUGACGUAUAUUUUAUACAGAACCCCAGAAUCACGUGAGCCUUUCACAUUUUAUUGUUUGAAUAUUGCACUGACUGAUUAUAUAUAUAUAUAUAUAUAUAUAUAUAUAUAUAUAUAUAU